UUGUGAUAAUUUUAGUUCAAGGGAAGCAGUAAAGAGGAAGAAAUAGUGUUUGACACUGAUGCCUGGAUAAUGUUGUUUAGCUGCAAGACACCAGCAGAGGACCUACUCAAUCUCACUGAAGUGUCACUGAAGCCUCAGUCUUCAAUAAGUAGCACAGUUGUUGUCAACAAAUGGUCAGACGCCGUGGUUCAUCAUUUUUCUUUAGAUUUGCGUAAGAAGAGUGUAAAUGUGAUAUUACCUGAUGUAGAGGCAGUUGCUAGGUUACAAAAUUUGCCACAAAAUUGGACAAUAGAACAUGAUGAGGCUCUAGUUCGCCUAAUGUCAAAAUAUUUAUCUCCUGAGAAUGAACAAUUAGGAAGUAUUAAAAAUUAUGUGGAUUCUAUAGAUGUAUCAUCAUUCACAGAUGAAAACGGUCCAGGAUGUUUAACAGACGGGGACCCUGAUACAUGGUGGGAAAGUGAUGGAAGUCAGGGACAACAUUGGAUACGUCUUAAAAUGAAAAAGGGCACAAUUAUAAAAAAGUUACAGAUAGGUCUAGAUAGUUCAGACGACAAUUACCUCCCUUCAAAGAUAUCCGUACAAGGAGGUGAUGCAGAUAGUCAGAAAACUCUCAACUCUAUGACCAUUGACUGGGAUUCCCAAGAUGUUGGUCCUCUUACUGUAUUGGAAAACAUGACAGAACACUAUGCUAUUAUCAUCAUAAAAAUCAAGGAUUGUAAGUCCGGAGGUAUAGACACAAGAAUCAGAGAUCUAAAAAUAGUAUCAACAGAGGAGAGAACUUCAGGCUUUGAUAGAGAUUUCUUCAAGGGAGAAAACUUGUGUAGAUAUCCUAUCCUAGAAACGUACAAGGCUGAAGAAUUAUACUACAGAUCACAGAUGUUACAAAGGUUCUUAGAGAUUGUAGAUAGUGUAUUACAGUACUUAGUCCCUGCUUGGGAAUACUCUAUAGGAUCUUACAGCUCUUUAGAAUUUGUUAGACAAUUAUUACCAUUAUCUAAAAAGAGAUUAUGCCUCAUAGACACAUUUCUUAAAGAAUCUUCUUCCGAUAGACCAAGUGAUAUGCCUAAAUUGUAUAUAAAUCGCCGUGCUGCUAUGGAACAUAAAUGUGACCCUACCUCUGACCCUGAAUACAAGAACUCUAUUUUUACGCAAAUUUAUGAUGGACUCAAGCCUAAAGACAGAACAUCAGUCCCUCUUAAUUACAGAUGGUCGUAUCGCUAUGAUCAGUGGUGGGAGUGUAAAUUUGUGUCCGAAGGUGUGAUAGACCAGGGCGGUGGGUUCAGGGACAGCUUGUCAGAUCUGGCUGAGGAAUUAUGUCCAUCCUCCAGUGAUGGUUUAGUGCCCACACCUUUCUUUAUACGUUCACCAAAUCAGUUUUGUGAAGAUUCCAAUAUAAAUCGUGAUGUCUAUGUGCCAAAUCCAAGCUGUAAAGAGUUUGCUAAAUACGAGUGGAUCGGACAAAUAAUGGGUGCUUGUUUACGAGGGAGAGAAAAUCUCAUCAUGGCUUUACCGUCAUUUGUAUGGAAGAAACUUGUCGGUGAGCGAGUGACUUGGGUUAAAGAUUACUCCACAGUUGAUGCUGCCUCAGUUAAAGUUAUAGAUAAUUUAGAGACUAUGGAAGCUUCAUCCGAAUUUGUGACUAUGAAUUAUCAAUGGACCUGCACAUUGAGUGAUGGAAGUAUUGUCUAUAUACGGGUAGAUGGAGAGGGAAAUGGUGUACCACUUAAAUUUGAAGAUAGGGAAAAAUACUGCCUGGAAGUGAGAAAAAUCAGAAUGAUGGAAUUUGAGGAGCAGAUUAAUGCAAUAAGGACCGGGUUACUGAAAGUAGUUCCACAGGCUGUGCUUGAUUUACUCACAUGGCAAGAACUUGAACAGAGAAUCAGUGGCAACCCUGAUAUAUCAAUAGAAGCACUACGCAGAACAACACACUAUGAAGAUGUUGAAGAAAAGGAUACUAGAGUCAAGUAUAUGUGGGAAGCAUUGAAAAAUUUCUCAAACGAAGAUAGAAGCAGAUUUCUGAGGUUUAUUACAGGUAGACGGAGACUUCCAGCUUCUGUUUAUGUAUCAACAGCACGAGGAGAUGCUGUUGACUGUCUUCCAGAGUCCUCAACUUGUGCUAAUAUGUUAUAUUUACCAAAUUAUUCCAGUGCCAAAAUUGCUGAAGAGAAGAUCAGAUAUGCCACUUAUAACUGUAUGGACAUUGACACAGACAUAAACGUGCUAGAGGAGUAUUAAAUUUCUUGAAGAGGAAAUGAAGUAUACAUUAGAAAACAACAGGAAGUGAUG